UCUCUCUUCCUCUUCGUCUCGACUCUGAACUAAAAACUCAACUCCUCCCAAAAUCCCUCGCCGCCGCCGCCGCCGCCGCCGACGACGACGACAUGGGCCCCACCACGGCCACCGACACCGGCGCGAGGAUGAAGCCCACGACCGUCGCGUCGGCGGUGCACCGCGUCCAGAUGGCGCUCUACGACGGCGCCGCGGCGUCGAGGGAGCCGCUGCUCCGCGCGGCGGCCUCGCUGCUCUCGGGGCCGGACUACGCCGACGUCGUCACGGAGCGCUCCAUCGCCGACGCCUGCGGGUACCCGGCGUGCCCCAACCCGCUCCCCUCGGAGGACGCCCGCGGCAAGGCGGCGCCGCGGUUCCGCAUCUCGCUCCGGGAGCACCGCGUGUACGACCUCGAGGAGGCCCGCAAGUUCUGCUCCGAGCGCUGCCUCGUCGCCUCCGCCGCCUUCGGGGCGUCGCUCCCGCCCGACCGCCCCUUCGGCGUCUCGCCCGACCGGCUCGACGCCCUCGUCGCGCUCUUCGAGGGCGGUGGUGGUGGUGGUGAUGACGGUGGGUUGGCGCUAGGGUUUGGGGCGAGCGGCGAUGGGAAGGAGGUGGAAGAGGGGAGGAAGGUGGAGAUCAUGGAGAAGGAGGCGGCUGGGACGGGGGAGGUGACGCUGCAGGAGUGGAUUGGGCCGUCGGACGCCAUCGAGGGCUAUGUGCCUCGCCGUGAUCGCGUCGUUGGAGGGCCAAAAAAAGAGGCUAAACAGAACGAUGCUUGUAGUGCUGAGCAGUCCAGUAAUAUUAAUGUGGAUUCUAGGAAUGCUUCUUCUGGUGAAUCCGGCAUGGUUCUUACUGAGAAUACAAAAGCAAAGAAAAAGGAAGCAACCAAAACCCCAUUGAAGAUGUUCAAGCAGGAUGAAGAUAAUGAUAUGUUGUCGUCUUGCAUAUCGGAUUCCAUUGUGAAGCAGCUGGAGGAUGUAGUUCUCGAAGAGAAAAAGGAUAAGAAGAAAAAUAAAGCAGCUAAAGGAACAUCGAGGGUAGGUAAGAGUAAGCCUGCAAAAAGACCAGUUGGGCGUGAUGGACAUGAAGUGGACUUUACAAGUACAAUUAUUAUGGGUGAUCGUGGUUCAGAAAUGAUGGAUCAUGGUGCUCUGGGUCAAUAUAAUUUCUCAAGUUCUAUAUUAGCAAAUGAGCAGCCUUCAUCAUCUCAAUAUGCAGCGAUAGAUUCAGUGCAAGCUUACACUGAAGAACUAGAUGAAUUAUUUAGUAAUGCAGUUAACAUUGCAAAAGACGAGACAAGUGAUGAUAGUGGUAGAUGUACACUAAGAUCUUCAUUGAAGGCUGUUGGAUCCAAGAAUGCAGGGCAUUCUGUGAAAUGGGCAGACGAGAAUGGAAGUGUGUUAGAGACAAGCAGAGCAUUUGUAAGUCACUCCAGUAAAUCUCAAGAAAGCAUGGACAGUUCAGUAAGGCGUGAAUCUGCAGAAGCUUGUGCAGCUGCGCUUAUUGAAGCAGCAGAAGCUAUUUCAUCUGGCACAUCGGAAGUAGAAGAUGCAGUUUCAAAGGCAGGAAUCAUCAUACUGCCGGACAUGGUUAACCAGCAACAGUACAAUAAUGAUUAUGACAAUGACAAAGAUGCAGGGGAAAAUGAAAUAUUUGAAAUUGAUAGGGGUGUUGUGAAGUGGCCGAAGAAGACUGUGCUUCUAGACACAGAUAUGUUUGAUGUCGAUGAUUCUUGGCAUGAUACACCACCAGAAGGCUUUAGUCUAACUCUGUCCUCCUUCGCAACGAUGUGGGCUGCAUUAUUUGGAUGGGUAUCCCGGUCCUCAUUGGCCUAUGUGUAUGGGCUUGAUGAAAGUUCUAUGGAAGAUUUGUUGAUUGCAGGUGGAAGAGAAUGUCCUCAGAAGAGAGUUUUAAAUGAUGGCCACUCAUCUGAAAUUAGAAGAGCUUUGGAUACUUGUGUGUGUAAUGCCCUGCCAGUUCUUGUAUCAAACUUGAGGAUGCAAAUUCCAGUCUCAAAGUUGGAGAUUACUCUGGGAUACUUGUUGGACACGAUGUCAUUUGUUGAUGCACUGCCUUCUCUGAGAUCAAGGCAGUGGCAAUUGAUGGUUCUCGUGCUGCUUGAUGCGCUCUCACUCCAUCGGCUUCCUGCUCUUGCUCCAAUAAUGUCAGAUUCGAAGCUUUUGCAGAAGCUUUUGAACUCGGCUCAGGUUAGCCGAGAGGAGUAUGACUCCAUGAUUGAUCUCCUCCUCCCUUUUGGAAGAUCCACGCAGAGCCAGGCAUCCCUGCCAAGUUAAACCUCAAGCAACACAAGUAUCUAAAUACAUGUUUACACAGCGGAGUAAAUAGAGAGAGGUUCUACAUAUCAGCGUCAGCUUGGCAGUCUAUUCGGAUAUACUAUCAUAAUGGUGCCUCUUGCGUCUGGUUGUUUAGGUUUCGGAACACGUCUUGCAAAAUAUCGGUUGCUCCCAGUUGCUUCAACUAUCCCCUUUGCAUUGGCGUCAGACGUACAAGCGGAGCGGGCACUGAUUCCUGUCAUUCUCAGGAAUUGUUAGCUUUAGUGAGGAGAGCAAAAGAUAACUGCCUCCAGAACAAUUUGGUCCACUAUGGACUUUUAUCUCUCAUUGCUAGCGCAGUUCAGAAUUGUAGUGCAUCUUUGGGUUUUUUUUUUACCUCUUUUACCGGUGUGCAGUUUGUCAGGUUAGUACAGCCGAAUUUGACCAGCUAACAACCCACUCGUGAGUCCUAAUAGGUGAGUGCUAGAUAUCAAGUGGUAUAGUAAACCCAGUGUUAGCAUCUAUAAAAUUCUGAAUUUUAUGCCUGUCAA